GUGGCGGUGCUUGUGUCAGUGUGGUGGUGCUGCUGGCGGUGCUUGUGUCAGUGUGGUGCUGCUGGCGGUGCUUGUGUCAGUGUGGUGGUGCUGCUGGCGGUGCUUGUGUCAGUGUGGUGCUGCUGGCGGUGCUUGUGUCAGUGUGGUGCUGCUGCUGGCGGUGCUUGUGUCAGUGUGGUGCUGCUGCUGGCGGUGCUUGUGUCAGUGUUGUGCUGCUGCUGGCGGUGCUUGUGUCAGUGUGGUGCUGCUGCUGCCUUCUAGGGGCACUACAAUUUUAAGUCGAGGUUUACAGUUACAAUUUACAGAUUAUAUUAAAUUAAUUUUUCAGAGAUAUUGUGGCAAGCAGUAGAAAAUGUCAAAAUUUGUAAGAGCAGCUCCACCUCCUCCACCAGUCCGUAAAGGACAGGUGCAGGCAUUUGAGGCUGUGUCCAAUUACAAAGCUCAAAGGGACUGUGAGUUGUCCUUUGAGGAGGGUGACCUGCUCUUUGUUGUGGACCGAAGUGACCCAAACUGGUGGCUGGCAAACCUGGAUAACAAGAAGGGUUAUAUCCCUAGUAAAUAUGUUAGUCUUGACAAUGUAAAGGUGCCUAUUAUUGAUGCUGCAAGACGUGGGAAUCUGGCAUUGCUGGAAGAAUGCCUGGCAGCUGGUGUGUCAGUCAAUGCCUUAGACAAGUCUGGUGCAUCAUCUCUGCAUGCAGCAGCGCAAGGUGGACACAUAGACUGUGUUCUAAGGCUGCUGAAAGAGCCCAAACUGGAGAUUGACCUGCAGAACAAGCUCGGGGACACACCGUUGCACUGUGCGGCAUACAGAGGUCACGGUGAAGUGGUGCAACUGCUCCUCAAACAUGGAGCAAAUACAAAAAUUGUCAACAGGGAGCAGUGCACACCAAGGAACCUUGCACGGAGACCAACCAUCAUCUCACUCUUAGAAGAAGAGAUCCAUACAGGGGAUAGAAAAUCUGGCUUUGAUGACAAAGAAUAUGGCGCUAAUGAUUCUGAAGAUUCUGAUUGAUUUACAUAUACAUACAGUAUAGUUGUGCCUUAUAUAUCACGUUUGACAUAUGUUUCCUAUCAGGAAAAUUAUGUAAUGAAUAUUGGGUAGUGUUAUUAAGUAAAGUGUUAUUAAGUAAAGGUGAUAGGUAUUUGAUAAAUUGUGAUAAAUACCUAAUAAGAUUACAUAGGUAUAGUUAAGGAAAUAAAAGUUGCAUCUUAUUCCACUUUUUUUAUGUACACACUUAUACUGCAGUGCCAUCAUUUACUACAGUUAGAGAGCUUUUGCAUUAACAUUUUUUUUUUUUUGUAAAUGUUUACAUAUUGUUUGUAGUUUAGUAUGUGCUGUGAGUUUGAGAGGGUUUAUAUUUUCACAUUUUUAUAUACCUGAGGUUCUAUUAGUUCUCUGAACAUAUUUGCUUUACUUAUAAUUAAACCAUAGUACUGCUUGUGGAAUCCUUAGAAUCUGCAUCAGGACAUCACCUUUCAAUGAAGGGGAGCUUUAAGAUUAAGAAUUAUUUUUAUAUCAAAUAUAUAGAAACAUGCAAAUCAUAGGAAUACUUUCCAAGACUUUGCAAAUUCCAUAUUUCUUGACAAAUGUUUGUUCCUAAAAUCAUUAUGCUAUACAAUACAUAUAUUUUCCAGCAUAUAAGGUGCACGACAGAAGUAUUAUAAUGAUCAAUCAGUAAUAUUCAAGGGUUAAUUACACACUUACCUUAUGUUAGUGUAAUCCAGUGCCUACCCUUGACCCUGACAUUGAGCAUACAAGGUGCAGGGUGAUUUUCAAAGAGUUUGCAAUUGUGUCAUUAUGAUUUUGUGAGUCAAGGGCAUACCUUAUAUGCCAGAAAAUACUGUACGUACAUAUAUCUAAUGGUAAGGCAGCAUCAGCUGUUCUAGACCCCAGACAGUACUUUGACCCUGGUGGGUUUAGUGCUUAAUUUUUAUUAUAAUAAUCUAGACCCUAGAAGAACGUGUGGGAAAAAGGUUAUAUUCAUUACCCCUCUCCAAAAAAGCCAACCAAUUCUUUUUUCAGAGCUUUGUAAUUCAAAAAUAAAACCUGGUUUUCUGUUCACAGUAGUUAUUACUUGUCGAUGUGGAAAUGUGGGGAUGGUUGAUAUGACCCUAUACAGUACAUGUAUCUGUACAAACAUAUGACAGGCAGUCCCACAGCUAUUGUCACUAUCGAUAAUCUGCAAACAUCAAUAAAAAAAAAAAAAUUUACCAUAUUUUACCAGCCAAGACAAGAGUCUUGGCUGGUAAAAUAUGUGAGGUAUCCAAGACAAAAAAAAAAAAAAAUGAAGCUUCUCAAGUCUUGGCUAAUAUUGUUAUUGUUGGGUUAAGGUCUAUGACAGUCCAAGGCUCAUUGUGUCCAUCUCACUGCUGUUAAAUUAACUACCAGAAUGCUUUUGCAAAUAUAAACCCUACCAUCCGACUUACGACCGAGUUCAGUCGAAAUGGUCGUAAGUCGAACUUUACUACUGAAUAUCAACAAAACAUUUUUGUAAUGGCUUUAUUUUAUUGUUUUAUUUUGGCAUUUCAUGUUUUACUUUACUUUUUAUGAUGUUAGUACUGUAUUUUAUACUGUAAGGUUUAGGAUAAACACUGUGUACAACACAAAUAGUUGUUUAUUUCCCAGAAAUUUGGCAUAAAAAACACGGUCGUAAGUCAGAUGGUAGGUGUAUUUUAGUAUAUACUAAUAAAUUUAUUACAAUAAAGGAAUAAAAUAAAA